CUGAACAGGAAGUGAGCGUGUUGGCGCACAGGUGACCCGGAUGUAGCGCAUGUUGUGUUGACAUCAGAGCAGCGGCGAUCAUCAUCAUCAGAUAAUGUUCACAUUUCUGCGAUUCUAGUGCGUCGAAGCGGCGCGUCAGUCGUUCUGCGAGCGUCAGGUGCAGCAGCUUCUCUCUCUUCAUGUGUGUGUCCUGAGUCUCGGUGUGUGUCGUGUUGUUGUUCUGAGUGAUCGAGGUCAUCAUGGCCAGUAAAGCGGGAGACGACCCGGACAGCCUGAUGUCUCUGUGCACCAUCUUCUGCCUGAAGAACCUGCGGAGAACCAUGUGCUGCAGUGAAGGAGAGCAGGACCGGCUCCAGCUGCGGCCGGACGUGUUCCUGCCCGGCGAGAUCUGUGACCGGCUGGUGAACGUGUACAUGGAUCUGGUCCACACUGACAGUGACUUCGAGCCGCAGGACGGCUUCUUCCAGCUCUUCAGUGACCCGCGCAGCACCAGACUGACCCGUCUGCAGCUGAGGGAGGAUCUGGUGCUGGACAGAGACCUGGAGGCCAUCAGGAAACAGGAUCUGAUGGAGCUUCAGCUGAGUUUCUGCAGUCGUCUGACGUCUCGAGGCCUGCGGACGCUCUACAGCUUCAGACACUCGCUCCGGUCUCUCAGUCUGUUCGGCUGCUCCAGAGUGUUCUUCAGGAAGAGCGGCGCUCCGCUGGGGGCCAGCGAGGACCAGGAUGAGGAUCAGGAGGAGCGUCUGCAGCAGAACACUGUGGAUCUGGACUUCAGCUUCCAGGGCUUCGAGCGUCUGCGUGUGCUGAAUCUGGCCGGUCUGCCGGCGGAGCUGGACGUGGAGACACUGCUGCGGCCGCUGACCUCUCUGACCUCUCUGGACCUGUCUGCUGUCCAUCUGCCCCGGCCGGUCUUCCUCACGCACUGGAAGCACAGACUGGCGUCGCUGGUGCUGUAUAACGUGGAGCUGACGGAGGAGCUGAUCCACACACUGCUGCAGAUGAGCAGACUCAGACAUCUGGAUAUCUCUCGAGAGAAUCAGAGAACGUCUAAAUUCAAGAUGACGAGGAAGAUCUUGAGCAGUAUCGUUCAGAGUCUGGUCAAUCUGGUGUCUCUGGACAUCUCUGGACACAUCAUGCUGGAUAACUGCACGGUGCCGGCGUUUGAGGACGCUGUGGGCCGGCCGAGCAUAGAGCCGUGUAAGAGCAGCAUUUACCCGCUUCAGGAGCUGAAGAGAUCGCUGCAGUUCUUAGGACUGUACAACACAACACUCUGCAACGUCACACACAUCCCUGCACAUAAGGUCACAGGUUCCAAGAACGAGGAUCAGAUCCUGAACGCUAUCGAGGCGUACACAGAACAGCGACCCGAGCUGGCCCACCGAGCCAUUAACCAGCUGUUCGACAUCGCCCGGAUUCAGCACUGCAGCCAGCUGCUGCGAGCACUGCAGCUGGUGAUCACAGCGCUGAAGACUCAUAAAUAUGACAAGAGCAUUCAGGUGACGGGUAGCGCCGCUCUGUUUUACCUCACCAACACCGAGUACCGCAGUGAGCAGAGCGUGCGUCUGCGCAGACAGGUCAUACAGGUGGUGCUCAACGGCAUGGAGCAGUACCAGGAGGUGACGGUCCAGAGGAACUGCUGUCUGACGCUCUGUAACUUCAGUAUUCCUGAGGAGCUGGAGUUCCAGUAUCACAGAGUCAAUCUGCUGCUGCUGAAGAUCCUGGAGCCGGCGCGUCAGGACGAGUCCAUCCAGCGCAUCGCCGUCCAUCUGUGUAACGCUCUCGUCUGUCAGGUCGACAACGACCACAAAGAAGCCGUCGGCAAGAUGGGAUUCGUCAAGACGAUGCUGAAUCUGAUCCAGAAGAAGCUGCAGGACAGAAUGUGUGAUCAGGUGAUGGAGUUCUCGUGGAGUGCGCUCUGGAACAUCACAGACGAGACGCCUGAUAACUGUCAGAUGUUCCUGGAGUGUAAUGGCAUGAAUCUCUUCCUGGAGUGUCUGAAGGAGUUUCCUGAUAAGCAGGAGCUGCACCGUAACAUGCUGGGGCUGCUGGGUAAUGUGGCUGAAGUGAAGGCGCUGAGGCCGCAGCUGCUGACCAAGCAGUUCAUCACAGUGUUCAGUGAGCUGCUGGACAGUAAAGCGGACGGCAUCGAGGUGUCCUAUAAUGCCUGUGGAGUCCUGGCACACAUCAUGUUCGACGGGUCGGACGUCUGGACCAUGGAGGAGCCCAGCAGGUCACAUGUCAUGGACAAGAUGUGGGCAGCCAUCCAGAGCUGGGACGUCACCUCGCGGCGCAACAUCAACUACAGGUCGUUCGAGCCCAUCCUGCGUCUCCUCCCUCAGAGCUGUGCUCCGGUCAGUCAGCACUGGGCCACCUGGGCGCUCUAUAACCUGGUGUCUGUUUACCCGAGUAAAUACUGCCCUCUGUUGAUAAAGGAGGGUGGCGUCAUUCUGCUGCAGAAAGUUCUAGAGCUGGAGUCCUCUCAUCAGGAGACCAAAGACAUGGCACGUAAAGUGAUGGAGCAGUGUGAGAACUUCCAGGAGGAUCCGAUGGACACCAGCAGGUAAAGACAGACGGUCACCAGCGCUGGACGUCCAUCUGAUGUGAUCGUGAUGUUCCUCACUGACACUGACGGCACAGAAACACCUGUGUGUUCAUGAGGAGGACGCUACGCUGCUCUCCUACAACACACGUGUGUCACGUCACACUACAGUGAGCUCACGAGUGUGUGUGUGUGUGUGUGUGUGUGUGUGUGUGUGAGAGAGGACGUUCUGCUCGUGUCUUUAUAAGGAACUUUAUCUGUCUGGAGGCAGAGGGAUGGACGUGUAAGCUCGACUGAGUCUUCUCAAGGGUCCAGGAUGGAUCCUCUGUUCUCGUUAGGAAGCACGUUCUCGUCUGGAUGUUUUAGUCUCUGUAAACACUCCCGGUUGGGAAUCUCUGGAGGUCCAGCGGAGAACUCAAUCACACAUCUGACAUUAAAACAAUUCUCUUUUGGGGAGCUCAUCAUUCUUCUUAUGUUGUAUUUGAAAUCAUAUUUACACUUUAUUUGCAAUCUCAUGUUGAACGUGAUCGACUGGCAGCGGGAUCAGAUGAUGAUGAUGAUGGUGGUUAAUCAGGUGAUCUUUGACCUGUGUUUCCCGCAGGUUUGUGCUGUUUAAUGAGGCACAUGUUUUUCUACACGAUUCUGAACUGCAAUAAAACCAUGAUGUACUGAAGUAAGAUGUCCACACAACACUGGGUGUAAAGAGAGAUUAAUAAUAAUUAUAAUAAUAGUUGUCCAACACUCUGUUCCAGUGGUUAUUUCUCACAGAUGAUGAUGAUUGUCAUGAUAUGAUCUCGGUUCAUCAGGUGUGUAUGUGAUUAUGAUCUUCACCUUCUGAGUUUAAACAGACUCCUGGUGUGGGAACAGUUUAAGAUAUUUUAAUAUUUCAGUUCGACAGAAGUUUUUCCAAACUGAUUUUAAAGGUUUAAAAUCUUUUACUUGUGGGAAAAUGUUGGAUAUGGUUUUUGCUCAUUUGUAUAAAGGCAUCUGUUGAAAAGAGAAAAUGUAAGGCUUUGAUUCAUGUCUGGAUCUCUGUAAAGUGAAGAUAUCGAACCGAAUUAAAGGUGGAUCUGGACUCGAA